UUGCGCAAACAGAGUGGGCGAAGAUGGCGUCGGGAAAGAAAUCAGGGAACGGUAGCCUCGAAAAAGGUGUAAAUGGCAGACGCUCAUCUAAACACAAAGAGGUUCCGAUAGUGAUGGACACCAAGGCGGUGUUUGCGGCGCUGUACAGCGUGUGCGAGGAGAACGCCUCCUUCUUCUCCGGCGGCCCCAAGGGCCCCCAGGGAGAGGCGGCGCGGCGGCUGGUGGAUGCCACCACGCUCAUCCAGGAGCACGCCCGCAGCCUGGAGCCCGUCGUCUCCGGGUUCGCCUCCAUCUACCACCACUUCGACUUCGACCCUCACAUACCUGCUAACGGGUACCGCUCACUUGUCAAGGUGGUCAAGUGCUGCAUUCUCCACAUCAUCCAGAAGGGGCGCUACAUCACCGCCAACCGGCGCAGUAUCUUCUUCCGGGCGGCGCACAACGCGGGCGAGAUGGAGGCGUACUGCAGCGCCCUGUGCCAGCUGCGGGCCCUGCUCUACCUGGCCCAGCGGCUGCUGCACGACAACAGCCACGGCAACCUGUUCUUCCAGGAGGAGAGUGGACUGAGCCAGAGCUUCGUGCGGGAGUACGCCUCCAUGCACAAGGGCUGCUUCUACGGCCGAUGCAUCGGCUUCCAGUUCACCCCUGCAAUCCGCCCCUGCCUGCAGACCAUCGCCAUUGGCCUGGUGGCCUUCGGAGAGAACUACAAACGCCACCAGUCUGGAAUAGGCGUGGCAGCCGGCUCCUUCUUCACCUCAGGUAAAUACGCCAUCGACCCGGAGCUGCGAGGGGCGGAGUUUGAACGCAUCACUCAGAACCUAGACAUCAGCUUCUGGAAGGCCUUCUGGAACAUCACGGAGACUGAGGUGCUGUCGAGUCUGGCCAGUAUGACAUCCACACAGGUGAAGGUGAACCGCGCCCUCUCCGUGCCCCCCGUGCCCUUUGACCUGCCCCUGGUGGCAGAGCCCACAGCCAGCGUCACCAUAGCGGCGCCUUCAGCCCACACUGGGCCGGCCCCCGUCCAGAUGAGACUCAUCUCCCACGAGCUGAGAGAAGGACAGGACAGUGAGAAGCUGCUGUCCAUGUGCCGCAGCGAGGGGGGGUCCAUCUCCUUGUCCCUGGGCAUGAAGGCCAAGCGGAGCCCCCCCGCUCCCUGGCUGCUGGUGCACUACCACGGGGGAGGCUUCGUAGCCCAGACCUCCAAGUCCCACGAGCCCUACCUGAAGAGCUGGUCCCAGGACCUGGGCUGCCCCAUCCUGUCUGUGGACUACUCCCUGGCCCCUGAAGCCCCCUUCCCAAGGGCCCUGGAGGAAUGCUUUUAUGCCUACUGCUGGGCUCUCAAGAACCACCACCUCCUGGGCUGGACCGGGGAGAGGGUGUGCCUGGCGGGCGACAGCGCCGGGGGCAACCUGUGCCUGACCACCUCCAUGCGCGUGGCGGCGCACGGCGUCCGCAUGCCGGACGGCAUCAUGGCGGCCUACCCCGCCACCCUGCUCACGGCCUACGCCUCGCCCUCCCGCCUGCUCACCCUCAUGGACCCCCUGCUGCCCCUCAGCGUGCUCUCCAGGUGCCUCAGCGCCUACGCAGGUGUGGAUGCCCAGGCGGAGAAGCAGGUGGAGAAGGUGAGCACCAUGACCCUGGUGAGGAGGGACACGGCGCUGCUGCUCCGAGACUUCAGACAAGGAGCCUCCAACUGGUUCCAGGCCCUGCUGGACCCAAACAGAGCCCCCUCCGCCGCCACAGACGCGGUGAGGAAGAGCGUGUCCGAGGCCACGAUUGGCUCCCCCCACGCCGACCCCCCGGUGCCCCCGGAGCCGGCAGAGUCCUCCAGGAGGGAGUCUCUGAAGAGCCACACCUGCCAGGACCUCCAGGCCGCCGCCCACAGCCCCGCCUCUCCUGCUGCCUGCUGUGCACCUCUGCUGUCCGAGUGCACGCCCGAUGACGUGAGCUUCUUCCUGUCCAAGGACGAGGACGCCUCCCUGUCCAGCGCCCUGUCCUCCGUGGCCACGCCUCCUCCGGGGGGCCGGGAGGGCGUGGCCCCGGAGCACCAGCGGGAGUUCCCCCUGGGCUUCGAGCCGCUGCGCUCGGAGCAGCUGGCCGACAUGAAGAUCGAGAGCACGUCCGUGUUCAAGAACCCCUACUGCUCCCCCCUGCUGGCCCCCGACAGCAUGCUGAGAGGACUGCCCCCCGUGCACUUUGUGGCCUGUGCGUUGGACCCCAUGCUGGACGACUCGGUGAUGAUGGCCAAGAGGCUCCGUAACGUGGGCCAGCCCGUGACCCUGUGUGUGGUGGACGAGCUCCCUCACGGCUUCCUCAGCCUAUCACAGCUGUCCAGGGAGACGAGAGAGGCCGCCAACGUCUGCGUGGGACGAAUCAGGGAGAUCCUCGACGCCAAAGACACGCCCCCGCCCGCGCACCGCAAGCUGGAGCGGACCAAUCGGGGUUCCGUCGCCACGGGAGACCCCGCCCCACUCUCCGCCGUGCCCGUGGAGGAGGUGGGGUUGGCUGUCGGGGGAGGGGCUAAAGUUGCUGAAGGGGAGGGGCCGGUGGGAGUGGCUACUCGUAACAAGACGGGCUCGGAAGGGAUCGGGGCGUAGAUGUGGUGGGGAAAAUACGAAGCAGAGGACUGUCGCUGGACGUGGAGGGCGAGCGAUAGAGAGAAAAUACGUUAAGUCAGAUUU